GGGCACCGGGUCGGGGUCUCCACCGGCGGGUCGUGGUCUCUGGUGGCGGAGGAUCAUUACACCGAUAAAAUCAAAGCAAGCCGGACAGGUAGCAAGACUGCCUAUGUAGACUAAAGAAUUUGCUGAAGGUCACAUAACCUGAGGCCAAGCUGGAUCUCGUGACUCCCAGUCUGGUGCUUUAAUCACAGACCGCUCCUGCUUUACAUGCUAGCUCCACCACUUCACUGAAAAUGUCUGGCAAAACGGCUAGCACGACCAACAACAUAGCCCAGGCCCGAAGGACUGUCCAGCAGUUGAGAAUAGAAGCCUCAAUAGAAAGAAUAAAGGUGUCAAAAGCAUCGGCAGACCUAAUGCUCUACUGUGAAGAACACGCCAAGAAAGAUCCGUUGCUAAUGGGCAUACCGGCUUCUGAGAACCCCUUCAAGGACAAGAAGACCUGCAUUUUGUUAUAGGAGAGCGGCAGCUCCUCCGCAGCCCUCCUGGGCAAAGCCAGCCACCGGCAGGCGUAUAGGCAAAUACUCUGUAAGGUACCAGCUAUUAACUGUGUAAGAGCGGCCAUUCUUUUACCAAGCGUAUAAACGAUUUCUUAAGCUUUCUAAAGCAUUUCUUCUGUUCCCUAUCUUUAUUAGGAAGUGAGGUUUCAAACUGAAUUAACUUCUUUCUUGUCCAAGGGAAUGGGGUCUCUGUCAAGCCCGCGAGCGCUGCGCCGGCGUCCCUGCGGUGGGCCGGGCAGGGCGAGCCGGGGGUCUUGGCCUCUGCAGGAGUGGGUCCCGGUUUCCCUUUUCAAGUUACACAAGACCAAAGUUGCCCGAGCUUCGCUGACAGAGCAGAGGCAAAGGUGUAGAAACCCGAUUAAACAUCAUUGGUUUUACAUUUUUUUAAUUUUAAUUUUUUUUUUUUAAAUUAUGUACGCGGGGCAGCGGGGGGUGUACUGUGUCGGUAGCGUGUGUUUAUGCACAGACGCAUUUAGAAGUGGAUUAUCUAGCAAAAGCUACCUUGAAAAAUGAUUGUAGCAACUGCUGGUGAACUCCAGGGAGCCAUGCCCGCAGCCUUCCUUACGCUGGCUUCUCUCGACAGGGGUUUUCAAGCGUAGAACCUCAAGCGUCAAGAAUCAGAGAUCUGCAGAUUUAUUUCCCUGCUUUUUAAGAGGAGUCGAAAAAGCAGGAUUUUCAGCUUUGAUUCUGCUUCUCUGCGUUUUCUUCUCUAAUUAAAAAAUCUGUGUUAGUAUAAAAAAAAACCCUGUCAAAAGAAUCAAAGGCAGCAAGGCCUGGCUUUGUGCUGAGCUGGAGGCAUGGUUCCGUCGCUCGAAGUCCCGGUUAUAUUUUGUGCAGGGAGUCCGAAUUUAGCUCUUUUUUAAAUUCAUUUUUAAGGGGGGAAAAAUGCCAAAUAAUAUCCAGAUUGUGAUUAUGCAGAUAUAAUUGGAGGGCCUUUCCGUCAAGUCAGUGAUUUUAUAUAUAUACAUAAUAAAAAAGUCUUUCUCUCUC